AUGGGCAGAAUAACUAAGACGAUGCAGCCCAAGCACAGGGAAACACUGUCUCCCUGGCUCAAGGACUUCGUCGAAUCCGCUUGUACGACACCCCUACCCGUCUUGCCCGACCGCCUAGCCGAGUUUCCUUCGCGAUGGCCGUUUGGCCGGGGUGAUUUAUAUCACUGGAUCCCGCUCCUAAAUCGCUUCGACGCCAUCCUCGAGACGCUCUGCAAGAUAUACGACCUCUCCAAGGGCCCGCAGCUACGUGACUUUGGCUGCGAGCUGCUCCUCGAGCACAGUCAGGAUGAACAGCUUGGUGGCGAGGCCGACUGGCGCGAGAAGCUGCCCGCCGACUUUCAGAUCCACCCCGAGGGCGACCGCCUGCUGGUCGAGGCCGUCCUCAGGUUCACCAACAUGCUCUUGGAGCGCUGUGGAAAUAGGAGCAUCUACGCCAGCAGCGGCCACCUCAACGACCUGCUCCACACCACAUGCUGGUCCGUUCUCACCGCCACCUUGGAGGUCGGCUCAGAGCUCGCCCAGAGGUACCAAGCCUCGGUUAGGCGCCUUGGAGGUACCUCUAGGCAGAUCAGCUCCGCACUGCUGGCCAACCACUACAAUAUCGAUCUUGAACGGGUCCAGCAACUGGCGAACCCGUUUGUCAAGACGCCCAUCCUGGGGCUAGGCGAUCCCGUCUCGUCCGCGACCCCGGCCUCUACCCCCAAGGGCAAGGACCGUUCCCACCAGUCCGGCGCAAAGGGGCCCAGCGCCUUCCAUGAAAACGACCUCGUCUCUUUGGCGCUCUCUGAUGACAAGUCGUGGUCCGGUUGGGGCGAUAUCCGUAUUACAUAUUACCCAGAGGAGAGUGCGGUGGACCAGAAGCCUCGUGCCGAACCAGGCCGCUCAUCACAGCCCUCCACGCCCACGCCUCUGCGCCGGAGUCACACUGCCAGCUCUGCCGUCCCGGCCACCACGCCCAAGCCCCGGCAGGCUCAUGGCGAGGAGCCGUCCCCGGCCGGGCUCCGAACUCCUGGCGUGGCCGAGGACCAUUCAGCCUCCGGCCAGAAGAUCUUUGAACUGCCGCAUUCAGUCGUCAGCUCGACCCCCAUAUCGGAGCUCGCGUCCCGCUUCCCGAGCGAUAUGCCAUCCGCCUCCAGGUACGAGGCCUUCAACCGCUUGCGGGUUGCCAAGGCCAUCUUGGAGUCGCAGCAGUCCCGUCAGAAGGCUCUGGCCGUGCGCCUCCUGGGCAUUGUCAACCUGGCCUACAUCCAUGGCGAAUCCAGCUUUGUGGAGAAGGUGCUUCGCUACGAUUCCGACGAGACGCGUCGUUUCCAGAUAGUGUACCAGCUUGCUGAGCUCAUCCGCCCACCCACAGACGGGUCCGCUGGUGCCCCGCUGUGGCUGCAGACGAUAGCCUUGACUCUCCUCGAGGCCGUCGCCAACUUCAGCGCGAGGUGCCAGGAUGUCCUCUCCGCACUCAAUGCCAACGUCAGCCACGGAGUUCUUCUCUACGUCAUCCGCAAGGCUGUCGCUGGCAUGAGGGAAGAUGUCGACACCGAGAGGUUUGCCAAGAUGACCGUCGAGGAUGACUGGCGUGACAGCCUCUUCUCCCUGACCCUGUACCUCUCCAUGCACACCCGCGCCGGCUCUGAGAUGGUCUCAGCUGGCCUCAUGGAUAUCCUGGUAGAGAUGAUUAAGCUCCGCUCCAACAUCGCUCAGCGUCACCACUCCAUGGUGAUAGGCUUUCUCGAUGGGUUGAUCUGGACGUACCAGAACGCCUUUACGGCCUUCUUCAGUGCCAAUGGACUGGACUGCGUCGCCGACUUGGUCGUCGACUCCGUCAAGGAAUCCCGCCGCCUGACCGAGGAGGGCCGUGGCACCACACCCGACCUGCAGUCUAACGCCGUCGACUAUAAGAUCCCCUACUAUCAGCAGCAGACCCUGCGAUGGCUCCUUAGGUUCAUCCAUCACAUCAUGUCCAACUCCUACACAUACGGGGGCAACACCGACAGGCUCCUGCGGAACCUGGCCGACAAAUCUGACCUUCUAGCGAGCCUGAGGGAUGUCAUGUCUGACAAGCACAUGUUCGGCUCCGUCGACUGGACAAACAGCGUCACCAUCCUCGGCGACUUCAUCAACAAUGAUCCUACUAGCUUCGCCGUCAUUAUGGAGUCUGGCAUGAUCAGGACCUACCUGGAGGCCGUCACCGCACACGACGUGUCUGCAGAGGUGGCCGAGGCCCAGAAGGACACCGAGGAGGAGCAGCAGCAGGCCGAUGAUGCCGACUCGACUGCCUCGUCUGCCAUCAUGGCCGACGUCGGAGACGAUCAACGCCCCCAUCCCCCGACCGAGGAGAUGCUCAGCCGGUCUGACAGGGGCACUUUGGCGUCGGGUAUUCUGCCCUCGUCCGAAGCUAUCAACGUUGUCCCCCAGGUGCUCAACUCCGUCUGCCUCAACAAUGCGGGGAUGAAGCUCGUGGUGUCUUCCCGCGCUUUUGACAGCUUCCUCGAGAUCUUCGAGAGCCCUAGGCAUGUAAGCUGCAUGGUGUCCGACACAGACCUCGCCAGCAACGUCGGAGGCAGCUUCGACGAGCUGGCCCGCCACCAUCCCGCCCUUCGCGCAUCCAUCUCCAACGCUGUCAUCGACAUGGUCGCACGUGUUCGCUUUCUCGGCAUCGAGAAGUCGCGUACCGCCGGGUGGGGCGUGAGGUUGCUUGUCACCGACAAGGAGGGGGCGACGCACUCGGUCCUGCCUGACGGGACAUUUGAGAAGGCUGAUGACUCGCAGCAUGGCACGACCGGCGCUGCGGCACCUGGAGAUGCGGAUAUCGUCAUGACGGAGAGCUCGCGCCCUUCGAGUGCAGAUGCGCGCAAGUCGGUCGAGGAGGCCAAGGACUCUCCGGAGACCUCGUUCACGCCCUACGUCUUUGCUCUCGCCAGCUUCCUGACCGCCUACAUGUCCAACACGGUCCUCAAGGCGAGCUUUAUCGAGAAGGGUGGCGUGGAGAUGUUGCUUGACAUCUGCGAGUCUCCCAGCCUUGCCGCCAACUUUGGCGAAUCUCUGGCCUCCCGGGUUCUCGGCCAAGUCAUCGCCACCCUGGUAGAGUUCUCGCCUGUCCGUGGCCUGCCUUCUCUGCUCAACCGCACGCAGGCCGCUGUCGAUGCUAUUCGGCCUAUUGCCAUGAAGACCGAGCCCGUGCCGCCUUACUUUGCCCCCUUCUUGACGGCAGACCCAUCCUCCCAGCCCGAUGAUGGCGAAGCGUCCCAGGUCAUCGAGAAUGGCACUAAGAUGAUGAAGGCUUGCCUCAACGCCCAGACGUUUGUCAAGAUUGUUUCAGAGUGCUUCCCCAGCUCGCGGUCCAACACGCUCAAUUUCUACCCCAUCAACGUGUACGACCACUUCCUCCGCCUCAUCAACACCAUCGGCCCUCUGCUGCGAGGUGUCCUGGCUGAAGAGGCCGGCCAGCUGGCAAUGGUCCCCGUGAACUGGUCCGGGAGGCGCAAGUCGCCCCUGGAGGACGCGCCCCACGACGAGGCGAUCGACCCCGAAGCCAGCCGAGCCCUUGCCGAAGCCAUCGUUGAUUCGGCCGCCAGCACGAGCGGCGGCACCGCCGCCGAGGAUUCUGGGCUGUCGAGCCUCUCGAGCCAGGAGCAGUCCAGCCCGCGUUUCCAGAAUUACGAAAUAUUCCGCAGCCUCCUGCAUCCCAUGAUCCCGACGACCUUCCCACUCUUCCAGGCCGUCGGCAAGGCUCUGCUUCCUCGACGCGAUCCGACACACCAGGGCGACAUGUACCCGAGGCCUCGCCAGAUCGAGCUCGCCAAGGCUCUGGUCAACGCCGUCCUCGAUCACUUGCGGCCCUCUGUGGCCGGUCCCGAGCCGACGUCCAAGGACUUCCAUUACUGGAUCAUCAUGCUCCAUACACUGCAUGAGAUGCUGGUUGAGAACCCCCCCCCGAGACAUGCCGACCGGGCGUCCGCUCACCUUAUCCUGCCUGUCCUCCUGGCUUUCAAGGAGCUGGGCGGGUUAGAUGUGCUCGGCUCCAUGGUCAAGGUCUUCUCCCAGUACAUACAGCAGGCCGAUGGCGCGCCGGGAGAGUCGUCGAAACCCAAGGUCGCGGCCUUUGGUCUGAAGAAGGUCCUGGACCUCUGCUCUAUAUUGGCCAACGGCAAAUACAUUGCCGAGGCCAACGGUACGGUGAACCUGCAGCGCCACACUGACCGCACUGUCACCAUACCCCACGUCUCCAUGCAGUUCGUGGUGGAUAUCCGUGCGACGAUCCUGCCGGCUAUCAAGGAUCUGUGGAACUCUUCCGUCGUCGAAAAGGUCCCCGACCAGACGGUGAAGCGCCUGAUAGGUAUCCUGAAGCUGAUUGCGCUAGCGGAUCACGAACCCGCAUCCACACCGAGAGACAAGAAGCCGUUCUUCCUCCUCAAGUACACUGACGCGAGGUUCAACUGGGUCUCAGUCCGCGAGGUGGUCGCGCAGCUUACCCCCGACUUUGGGGAAGACUUGGCCCACGAGGGAGUGUUCAGAGCCAAUGGAAACGCCAACGCUGCCCGUGACUACUGCCGAGCUCACAGCCAAGGGGUUGCCGGCUCAAGGAACCCGAUCCCGCCGGCGGAUGCGGAUACCUCGACAGGCACGGACCGGCGUACCAACAGACCCGGCCGCGCUUCGUCAAACGCCACAGGAUCGUCCGAGGCGGACCGUAUGUCUCUGGACGACUCCGAUCCCGUCUCUGGCGAUAACUUUGCCGAACUCGUGAACCGGUUCUCCCAGGCCGUUUCACAGGAGCACAGUGGCGAGCAGCCGCCCGCCGGCAAUGAGCAGAGCCAGGGCUCCGCGGCGGAUGCAGCCCAACCGGCAGCCGCUGAUUCGAACGAAUCCCAGCUCGAAUUUGUAGCUACAAAGGCUGAUCUUGACCGUCAACGCGCUGAGCUUCGCAAUGAACUCAUUGACCGAUGCCUGGAUGUUAUUCGCACCCACCCCACUACCGCCAUGGAUGUGUCUGAUCUCAUCAACGCCAUGGUGAUCAAGCAGCAGAACCAGGAGAUGCAGGACGACGUCUGCUCCACGCUGACGUUUGCCCUCUCUCUCGCUUUCCAGGAGGAAGAUAGGAAGGCGAAUGGAAAGUGCAUCGCCUCCUACGCUCACCUUCUCGCUCUGCUGCUCCACGACGACGGCUUCUUCCAGCAGAACCUGGACACGCUUCGGGAGAAGGUCGAAGAGUACGUCGAGUUUGUCAAGGUCCCCCCGCCAACUGCGGGCGACGAGAUGCCCCCGUGGAUCCCUUACAUCCUCCUCGUGCUGGAGCUGAUCCUGCGCCACGACGAGCGCCCCGUUGCGGCCAAGUGGAAGACGCCAAAGUCUCUGGAAGAGGAGGCGGCGCAGCCCAUUAUCAACAUGCCCACGCCCCUGGUCGCCGAAGACCAGCGCCAGCGCCUUCUCGACUCUGUGCUCGAGCUGCUUCCUCGCAUCGGCAAAGAUGAUGUGCUUGCCACGUGCGUCCUCCGCAUCCUCGUCAUGCUCACUCGCAGGAGGUCUCUGGCAAAGCACGUCGGGGACAGGAAGAACCUCCAACGCCUGUUCCUUAUGGCUAAGCAGCUUGCUGGUUCAGGUCCCGACCGGCUGAUGCAGGGCAAGACGACGUCCUACAUCAUCACCAUCCUGCGUCACAUCGUCGAGGACGAGGAUAUCCUCAGACAGAUCAUGCGUUCUGAGAUCAAGGCCGAAUUUCUGAGCGUGUCCCGCAGCAGCCGAUCUCAGUCGGACCUGGCAACUUACCUUCGCCACAUGACGCCCCUGGCCAUCCGCUCCCCCGAUCUCUUUGUCGAGAUAACGAACGAGAUGAUCGAGAUACCCAAGUGGAGUCCCGGGCAAGGGGAGCCGUCAAAGUCAGCUUAUGUUGCCCUCAAGGCCAGUGGAGGCGACGCAAAGAAGAGCGAGUCUGCGGCAGAGACUGAGGAAGAGAAGAAUGCCCCGGCAAGCCCCGACGUCAAGCCUUCGACCGAGCCGACGGACAAGGGCAUGGCGGAUGCUGGGAAGACCCAGUCAGACCUGAAACGCCCCUCCGUGGAGAACCCCGACGGUGUCGUCCACUUCCUCCUCUCGGAACUGGUCAACUACCGCGAGGUUGACGACAAGGAACCGCCCUCGGCCGAUGCUAACAUCGAGGGUCGGGAUGCCGCUGCUGAAUCGUCGGAGGCGGACGGCGCAGAUAAGAAGCCCUCAAAGCCCAUCUUCAAGUCCGAGGAGCACCCCAUCUUUGUCUACCGGUGCUUCAUACUCAACUGCCUCACGGAGCUUCUCCAGAGCUACAACAGGACCAAGGUGGAGUUCAUCAACUUCAAGCGCAGCGCUCCGCCACUGUCGUCCAACACGCCUGUGAAGCCUCGCUCUAGCGUGCUCAACUACCUCAUCUACGACCUCCUCUGCCAAGGAAAUCUCAGUGGCACGAACGAUACCAUCCCCGCGAAGAAGAAGGCGGCGACGUCGUCUCACACUCGCAAGGUGCUCGUUGCCCUGGUCUCCAAGACGAAGGAGCGCCCCCUCGACCGCAACGCUCCCAAGUUCGCCUACGACGAAGAGGAGUCGGAUCUUCAAUUCGUGCGAAAGUUUGUCCUCGACACCAUCCUGAAGGCCUACGAGCGAGCUCCCACGUCCGACGACCCCUUGGAGACACGCUACUCUCGCAUGCAGACUCUGGCUGAACUCAUGAACCACAUGGUCGGCGACCGGGACAGGGAUCACGGAUCUCACACGAGGAGCUCCGACAGCAACCAAUCCCGGUCCCAGGCCCAGCUCCGCCGCCUGAUGUACGAGAAGGGAUUCCUCGACAAGCUCACCCUAUCCAUCGCCGAGGUCAACCUCAACUUUCCCGGUGUCAAGCGCGCGAUCAAGUAUAUCCUCCGCGUGCUCCGCAUCUUGACCGACACAGCCAAGGAGCUCAGCCACACUGAGUUGCUGCCCUCUGCUCUAGCGGACGCGGUCGAUGACGACAUUGGCUCUACCUCGUCGCUCUCCGACGAUAUGGAGGAUGAGCGGGAGGAAACGCCCGACCUCUACCGCAAUUCAUCCUUGGGCAUGCUGGAGCCUCGUGGUGAGGACGAUGAGAGCGAGGAAGAGGAUGAAGAGGGCGAAGACAUGUACGGCGACGAGUACGAUGAUGAGAUGGACUACGACGAAGAGGGCAUGUCCGAAGACGAGCAGGACAAUGUCAGUGAAGACAGCGAGAUGGGUGAGAUCGAAGGAGUCCACGGCGAGCCCGGCGUUGUCGAGGUUGUCAUGGAUGAUGAUGACGAGGAUGACGAGGACGAGGACGAGGACGACAGUGAGGAGGAGGAUGACGAUGACGACGACGACGACGACGACGACAUCGACUCGGCCGACAUGGAGUAUGCCGAAGAUCGCCUCGAGAUCGUCAACGAGGACGGUGACCCCAUCGAGGAUGACGGAGACCCGCAUUGGGAGAGCGCGAGCGGAGAAGAAGACGACGAUGACCUCGAGGAGGAGGAGCUCGACUAUGAAGCCGAGGCUCAGGAAGCCGAGCAAGCCGAUAUUCAAGGCAUGCCGCCAGCGGCGGGGAUCCUCAACACCAUGACUCGCGCUCUCAUGCAGGGCGACGAGUACGAUCCCGACCUGAUCGACGAUCACUACCCCGACGAUGGACUGGAUGACGAGGAUGAAGACGAUGAUGAUGAGGAUCUAGCUGAGGAAGAAGAGUACUUGAUCGAUGACGAAGCCGAGGAUCCUCUCUACGACCAGCCCCCUCCUGCUAUGCCCGGCCUUGGCUGGGAUGGCCUCGGCCCCGAUGGAGACCGCAACCGGCUUGUGCUUCUCGACCACCACGCUCACCACGGGCGUCGGGGUCUCGGAGGCAUGGAUAGCCGCAGUCCGUUCCCGCCUGGCUUCGUCGUCGGCGCACCUCACGGCGGUCCCCUUGGAGACUUCCGCAGCUACUUUUCCCGCCACCCUCGCAACGCACUGCCGCAACCUGCUGUUGAAGAUGGUGCCAACCCUCUUCUGCGGCGAGAAGGCCAGGGGCAGGAUGGCCAGCCCCGCGUUGGCCACCCGCAAGCCAUCGGACUCCGGAUUCCCGACGAGUUCCUCGCUGGAGGCGGUCGCCGAGGGGCGGAUGGCCCCAUGGGCUUCCUCGGGGAGCUCAUGGACAUCUUGCCUGUCAUGGGCCGUGACGGCCAUGCUUUCCACCUUCACAUAUCGGGCCCUGGAGGCCCCCGUGAGACCAGAGAAUUACUGCCCCGCGGGUCUAGGCAGGACCACCGUCGGGAGACGGCGUCCCAUGAACCUAGCCAGGCCGUGCUCUUCCCUGUCCAGAGCACCAUCGAGCGCUAUGACGAAGAGGCAAAGAUGCUCUUCAACAACUCGGAGAUUAACGAGGCUCUCAAGCUCAGCUUCAUAAUCCACGCCAAGCUGAUCCCUGCUGCCAUGGAGAGGGAAAGGAAGGCCGCCGAGGAGCAGGCCGAGCUCCAGCGCCGCGUCGAGAUCCAGCGCAGGGAGAAGGAGGAGGAGGAGCGCAAGAUCAGGCUCGAGAAGGAGCGCCAAGAGCGAGAGGCCAAGGAGAAGGCCGAGGAAGAGGCACGCCAAGCUGCCGAGCGCGCUGCAGCGGACGCUGCUGCAGCAGGCAGCACCGAGGAUUCCGGCCAGGGCGCUUCGGACCAAGCCGGCGGCGACCAGGGCGCCAUGGAGGGCGUCGAGACCGCCCCUCCGCAAGAAGGUGCCGAAGAUGCUGGUCCCUCGCAGCCGAGGGUCAUGGCGACGAUUGGUGACCAAGAAAUCGACGUAACGGACCUCGGGAUCGACCCCGACUAUCUUGCCGCCCUGCCCGAGGAGUUCAGGGAAGAGGUCGUCGCCCAAGCUGUGUCAGCACGCCGCUCGCAGGCGCGUGAGGAGGCCACUACCGGCGAGACGCCGGCCGCUUUCCAGGAGUUCCUCGAGGCCCUCCCACCCCAGCUGCGCCGAGAGAUUGAGCAGCAGGAGGCCCAGGAGCAGCGCCGGCGCGACCACACGGCUGCACGCGCUGCCGUGUCUUCUGGAGGCCGCGAUGUCAUCCAGAGCGACAUGGACACGGCCAGCAUCUUGCUGACCUUCCCACCCGAGCUCCGCGAGCAAGUUCUGAUGGAGCAGGGUGACGAGAUCAUGGACCAGCUGCCCCCGGAAAUGGCCGAGCAGGCGCGGAGACUCCAGCGUGACAACAGCGAUCCCCGCCCGAUCAUCGCCGGCCGCGGGCCACCACGACCCGUCAGGUCUGCUCUGCAUCCGCCUGCGCCUGUGACUGGCGAGGCCAAGAUCCAGCGCCGGGCUGUCGUCCAGAUGCUGGACAAGGCCGGCGUGGCAACGCUCGUGCGGCUCAUGUUCAUUGCACAGCACGGCUCCAUCCGCAGCUACCUGUUUAGCGUGUUCGCCGAUGUAUGCGAGAAUCGCCAGAACCGCCUGGAGGUGAUUAGUACCAUUCUCCAGAUACUGCAGGAGGGAAGCACGGACAUGGGUGCCGUGGACCGCAGCUUCAGCCAGCUAUCCCUCAAGGCCCGACGCAGCAAGGAGAAGGAGAUGGAUCUUCGAACGCCCCAAGGCCUCAAGAGGACUCUGACGGCCUUGAACGUGACCGCCUCCACCGAGAUAAACUCGGAGACUUCGCCGCUGCUGAUUGUCCACCAGUGCCUGGACCUCCUCGUCGACCUGUGUCUCAAGAACCCCCAUGUCCCGUGGCUGUUCCUGACCGAGCACGAGGCGGUCGCCGCCAACCUUAAGAGGACCUUGAGCCGCAAGGGCAAGGGCAAGGACAAGGACCACAAGGACUCCAAGGCCCACAAGUUUGCCAUCAACUCGCUCCUCACACUCCUUGACCGCGAGCUCAUCAUGGAGAGCUCCGUCGUCAUGACGCACCUGGCAGAUCUUCUCAACCGCGUCACGCUGCCGUUGCAAGCCCUGGAACGCCGCCGCAAGGAGGCGGAGCAGAAGAAAGAGAAUAAGGACGUGGGAGGAGGCGAGCCAGCUAAUACAGGAGAGCAAGAAGGUAAUGCCUCUGCUCCUGCCGCUGAUGCUGAGGCGGAUGCUGCCGCUCAAGACGCCCCUGAAUCAGCAACCGCCGCGCAAGAAGCGGAACCGGAGAACAGUAACAACAACAACAACAACAACAACAACAACAACAACAACAACAACAACAACAACAACAACAACAACAACAACAACAACAACAACAACAACAGCAGCAGCAGCAGCAACGGUGGCGAUGAUUCUGCUGUCAACAAGGAGGAAGGUGUCAAGAAGGACGAGACUGAGGAGUCGCAGAAGAAGGCCCGCUUACUUCAGCCCCCCUAUAUCCCGCCGCAGAAUUUGACGCUGGUGGUUCGCAUCUUCGUGGCUCGCGAGUGCAGCUCCAAGACGUUCCAGAACACCAUCUCGACGAUCAAGAACUUGUCGACGGUGCCGGGAGCCAAGGCUGUCUUUGGCCAGGAGCUUGUCAACCAGGCUCGCCUGCUCAGCAAGAACAUUGUCAACGACCUUGACGACCUGCUCCCCCACAUCGAGAGGGCGUCCUCGGGCACCGAGAUUCAGGGCCUCGCCCUGGGCAAGUUCUCACCCGGCGCUUCUGAGCAGAACAAGCUCCUGCGUGUGCUCACGGCCCUCGAUCACCUGUUUGAUGUCAAGAAGAAGCAGUCGAAGUCGGAGUCGGACAGGUCGGAUGGCGAAAAGCGCGAUCUCCUGUCAUCGCUGUACCACAACUCGACAUUCUCUGCCAUGUGGGAGAAGCUGGGCAACUGCCUGACUGCGAUACACGGGCGGGAGAACAUGAUGAACGUGGCCACGAUCCUCCUGCCGCUUAUCGAGUCGCUCAUGGUGGUGUGCAAGAACACGACGAUAGAGGGCCAGCCGCUAGAGAGCGCCCCCGAAAAGGACAUGGUCAUGUCGAGCCCGCCUGCCGAGUCGCGGACGGCCAACCUCUUCUUCACCUUCACUGAGGAGCACCGUCGCAUCCUCAACGAGCUCGUCCGCCACAACCCCAAGCUCAUGUCGGGAACGUUUGCCCUGUUGGUCAAGAACCCGAAGGUACUCGAGUUCGACAACAAGCGCAACUACUUCAACAGGAGUGUGCACUCGAGGACCGGCCAGCCUCAACACGGCCGGCCAGCCCACCCGUCGCUCAAUCUGUCUGUGCGCCGCGAUCAGGUCUUCCACGACUCAUUCCGGUCGCUCUACUUCAAGAGUGGAGACGAGAUGAAGUUUGGCAAGCUGAACAUCCGCUUCCACGGCGAAGAAGGUGUCGACGCCGGUGGCGUCACUCGCGAGUGGUUCCAGGUCCUCGCCCGCCAGAUGUUCGAUCCCAAUUACGCCCUCUUCAUCCCCGUGUCGUCGGACCAGACGACGUUCCACCCCAACAAGCUCAGCGGUAUCAACGACGAGCACCUCAUGUUCUUCAAGUUCAUCGGCCGCAUCAUCGGCAAGGCCCUGUACGAGGGCCGCCUGCUCGACUGCUUCUUCAGCCGCGCUGUCUACAAGCGCAUCCUAGGCAAGUCGGUGUCGGUCAAGGACAUGGAGUCGUUCGACCCAGACUACUACAAGUCGCUGUGCUGGAUGCUGGAGAACGACAUUACCGACAUCAUCACCGAGACCUUCUCCGUCGAGGACGACGAGUUUGGCGUCACCAAAAUUGUGGACCUCGUCCCCAACGGUCGCGAUAUCCCCGUCACUGAUGAGAACAAACACGACUAUGUUCGCCUCGUUGUGGAGCAUCGCCUGCUGUCAUCGGUCAAGGACCAGAUGGAGCACUUCCUGAAUGGCUUCCACGAUAUCAUCCCGGCUCACCUCAUCUCCAUCUUCAACGAGCAGGAGCUCGAACUCCUCAUAUCGGGUCUCCCCGACAUUGAUAUCGACGACUGGAAGAGCAACACUGAAUACCACAACUACAACCCGUCCUCGCCGCAGAUCCAGUGGUUCUGGCGCGCUGUCAGGUCCUUUGACAAGGAGGAGCGGGCCAAGCUGGUGCAGUUCGUCACGGGAACAAGCAAGGUUCCCCUCAACGGAUUCAAGGAGCUCGAGGGCAUGAACGGCAUCAACAGGUUCAACAUUCACCGUGACUAUAGCAGCACGGACCGUCUGCCCACCUCGCACACGUGUUUCAACCAACUCGAUCUUCCUGAAUACGAGAGCUACGAAGUUUUGCGCACCAGGAUACUCAAGGCCAUUACUGCCGGAAGCGAGUACUUUGGUUUCGCCUAA